GAUGAACAACACUCCGUCACUUGCCCGCCGCGUAGCGUGACGCAUCUCGUAGCUCCGCACGUCACGUCGUAAUCGCAUACGACUAGCGACAGCGUGACAAAUGCCCGCCAAAAUCUAGUGACUGAUUAUGUGUCCAUUUAACAAUAAACGUUUGAGUGUCUAUAAAAUAAAUUACAGUGAUAGUGCACAAUUUUUUAUAACGACCGUAGUUUGUUUUUGAAACUGUUUUAAAGAUUUCGUGGUUGUUGGUUUAUCCUGUGGAUUAAACUUUUAUUGUGAUGCACUAUGAGUACGCGGUGAGAAAUUAUAAACAAUGAAUAUCAGAGUGAAAAAUCACGUUCAAUCUACUGAGAAAACAAAUAGGAAGCGAAGGCCGCAGCGGAAAAAUGGUGCAAAGCUCGCAAGGGUGGCGAGGGAGGAGGCGCGGCCUACGGUGCCCGCGUCGCAACAAAACUCUACGAUUAAAUUCAUCCAGGGUGGUUGCGAUCUGAAUUCGUGCCCGGAGGACGCGGCGUGCAUGCACUUCAACAGUACAGUACACUACUGCAUCUGCACAUCAAACGCUGAACCCGCCAAGGAUGACUUGAAGUGCCCGCGUAGCAUCGUACCAUUGAGUCCGAUUGCGAUACACAACAUCAUCCCACCUCUGACGUCGAACAGCUCGACAGAUGGAAGACAUGCCCUGCCACCUACACCUGCACAGUCCCCAAAAUCCCUGGUGAGCAGCGAAGAGUUUUCGGAGUCUCCUCUGAGCGAUACAUCGUUUGUGAAACCGGGCGGCAACAUUGGCGCUAGUGAGCACAUACUCAUUGGGGCGGUAGUCGGGGGAGCACUUCUUCUAUUCCUGAUAGCAACGGCUAUAUUCCUCUAUAUCAGAAGACGCAUGUGCCCUGUCGACGGAAAAGUAAAACCGCGUAUCAGACCUGGGGAACCACUGCUUGCUGAACGGUAUAUAACGAACCCGCAGUACGGCGUGUGCGGCGCUGCUCCGGGCUCGCCGGACCCGCGGCGGACUGACGACAACGAGCCUCAGGUGCCGCUGCUCGACCGCAAGGCGUUGACCUUCCUAGAGGAGGUCGGGGAGGGAUGCUUCGGCAAAGUACACAAAGGAGUUCUAAGAACAAACAGCGGAGAACAAGUCGUGGCCAUCAAAGUGCUGAAAGAGAGUGCAGGACGUAGCGCCGAAGAAGACUUCGUACGAGAAGUGUCCAUAAUGUCCGCAUUCCGACAUCCCAAUAUUUUAAGUCUUGUUGGAGUUGUAUAUAGAGAUGAUAUUAGUGCGAGUCCUUGGAUGGUCUUUGAAUAUAUGGAAUGGGGAGACUUAGCAGGUGUGUUACGCGGGUCGCGAGGGGGCGGGAGAUCGGGCCCGACGCUGGACAAGCCGAGCUUGCUUCACGUCGCUUUGCAAGUGGCACUCGGUAUGCAGUACCUCGCCGCCCGCCGGUUCGUGCAUCGAGACCUCGCAGCCAGGAACUGCUUGGUCGGCGCGCAUCUCGCCGUUAAAAUUGCCGACUUCGGCAUGUCUCGGGACGUCUACACUUGUGAUUACUACAAAAUGGGAGGAGAAAGACCUAUGCCUGUAAGAUGGAUGUCCCCAGAGAGCAUAGUUUAUGCUCGCUUCACUCACGAAUCAGACGUCUGGUCGUAUGGGGUCGUGCUUUGGGAGAUCUACAGUCGGGGUAAACAACCAUUCUAUGGUCAUAACAAUGACGAGGCUACCAAAUUAAUUUUGAAUGGCAUAGUUCUAGUCCCACCGGAGGAUUGCCCUAUAUUUGCCUGUGAACUGAUGCGCGCAUGUUGGGAGGAAGAUCCUCGCAAUAGAAUCGGUUUUGACGAAAUCUGUAGCAAAUUGAAAACGGCGGCGGAAGCGGGAGGCACGACUACUCAAAUGCGUUUACCGCGACCCCCAGCGCCUCCUCAAGAUUCUUUAGGAUACUUGGUGCCAGCGCGAAACCCACCGGUCAACUAUUUCCAGCCGCUCCCUGACCCCGAUCCGGAAUCCGAGUUUAGCGAGGACGAAGACGAUGAUGAGGAAUAUACUUGACCUACGGCGAUACCGUCAAGCUCUCAAUAUGUGCUACGUGAUUCGGCGCAGGCGCAAGAUCAAAACCCAGAUGGCGCGCAAUUUCAAAACCCGCCGCGAACCAGCCCUGAUAAAUCUCUUACGUCAUAUGUCUACGUCGAUGUUACGACUAUCAAACAUGAAGAACAACUCGAUGGAAUUAAUUAAUACUCAAUUGAUUAGUGUGAUAUUUUUUUCUCUUCAUAUUAGUCUACGAUCUAGGUAAAUUAUAUCCAACACUUGGAAUUGUUACCUUUCAAUAUCCACAAAUAUGAUAUACUCGUGCGUAUAAAAUGUAUCUAAAUAUUUUGUGCCAUAAAACAUACCAAAAUGUAAAGAAGAUAGGUGUAAUUGAUUUUUAAAAUAAAUUCGAGUAAAAAAUAAAUAGGAAAUAAUAAGAUUUACUUAAAUUCGUUGGUAAAAAAACUCUGAAAUUAUUUCCUACUUAUUAUUUGUAUUUAAAAUAAGUGUAAAUUGGUUGUUCAUAGAUGUCUUAAUAUAAGUUUAAAAAUUAAGUAUAAUUAACUUGAAUUAAAGGAAAAAGUACAAUUUAUACAAACUUUUAACAAGUCAGUGUUCGUUGGAAAGAAUUAUGUAUUUGUUCUCGUAGCUCGUAGUGACAAAAAUCGCAACCUACAAAUGACUGAUGAGGUAGAACUAUGAAACACCUACCUCAAUCAUAAUUUAUUUAUAUUAAUUGUAUAUAGUUACGAUUGCUUGAUAUAAACUAUAAUCUUGUAUACCGUAAUAUGUAUUAUAAUACUUAUUUAGAUGCUGCUUUAAGGAGUUUUGUAUACUCCUGGAAAUAAAUUUUAUUAUUUUUAAUCGGAUAACAUUAAAAAUAAAUAAAGCAGUCCAACUUACUGUUUAUUUAAAUAACAGCACUGUACAAAUUUAAGGGCAACAAAACCUUGUUUAGUGUAUUUUGGCUCUCUAGAAAAUUAUUAACCCUAAACCUUUAUAAAUCAAAAUAUAACAAAAAGCAUACUACUGGCGUUAAUAAAAAUAUGAUUAAUGAUUCCUUAUAAUGUUAAAAGUUGUGCACAAAGUUACUGUUCUAAUUUUCAAUUCAUUUUGGUAGAGUUCGAAAUAAAAUUAACGCAACAAAUGUAAUGUUCAAAAAUGUGAAUACAUUCGUUCCCCACCUUUUCUAUUUUUAUAUAAGAAUGGUUGUUAAAUGUUUACUAUUAAUGUAUGUUUGUAGAAUAUCGUGUGUAUUAUACAUAGCGAAAGGUAAGAUUCGUAAACCAACAACUGUAUUAAAAAGAACCUGUAUUGAAAAUUACAUAGUGAAAACCUA